AUGCCCGCCGUCAACGGUACCGCGCCUGCUGAGGUGCUCGACUACAAGACCGCUCUCGAGGUCCUGAAGAACGACUACACCGAGUACGAUGGCAUCGAUGUCCACACUCUUGUCGACUCCAAGCGGAAUGGUGGUCUCACCUACAAUGACUUCCUGGUCCUGCCCGGCUACAUCGGCUUCCCCGCUUCCGAGGUCACCCUUGACUCGCCCAUCACCAAGCGCAUUACCCUGAAGACGCCCUUCCUUUCGUCUCCCAUGGACACUGUCACCGAGCACAACAUGGCCAUUCACAUGGCUCUGCUUGGUGGUCUCGGUGUCAUCCACCACAACUGCUCCAUGGAAGACCAGGCCGAGAUGGUCCGCAAGGUCAAGCGCUACGAGAACGGCUUUAUCCUUGACCCCGUCGUCAUCUCCCCCAAGACCACCGUCGGCGAGGCCAAGGCCCUCCGCGACAAGAACGGCUUCGGUGGUUUCCCCGUCACCGAGACCGGUACUCUCCGCUCUAAGCUCAUUGGAAUCAUCACCCCUCGUGACAUCCAGUUCGAGAAGAACCUCGAUCUCCCCGUCACCGAGGUCAUGUCCACUGAUCUCGUUACCGCCGAGACCGGCAUCUCCCUCGAGGGUGCCAACGAGCUCCUCCGUACCUCCAGGAAGGGCAAGCUCCCCAUCGUUGACGGCGAGGGCAACCUGGUCGCUCUUCUCUCUCGCUCCGACUUGAUGAAGAACUUGAACUUCCCUCUGGCUUCCAAGCUUCCCGACUCGAAGCAGCUCAUCUCUGCUGCCGCCAUCGGCACCCGCCCCGAGGAUAAGAUUCGUCUCCAGAAGCUUGUUGACGCUGGCCUGGACAUUGUCAUCCUCGACAGCUCCCAGGGUAACUCGAUGUACCAGAUCGAGAUGAUCAAGUACAUCAAGGAGAAGUACCCCGGCCUGGACGUCAUCGGCGGUAACGUCGUUACCCGCGACCAGGCUGCUGCUCUCAUUGCUGCGGGUGUCGACGGUCUCCGUAUCGGCAUGGGUAGCGGAAGUGCUUGCAUUACCCAGGAGGUCAUGGCUGUUGGUCGCCCCCAGGCCACCUCCGUCUACAACGUCACUCGUUUUGCCGCUCGUUUCGGCGUUCCUUGCAUUGCCGACGGCGGUAUCCAGAACGUCGGCCACAUUGUCAAGGGUCUUGCCAUGGGUGCUACCACCGUCAUGAUGGGUGGUCUGCUUGCCGGUACCACUGAGUCUCCUGGCCAGUACUUCGUCAGCCGUGAGGGUCAGCUUGUGAAGGCCUACCGUGGCAUGGGUUCUAUCGAUGCCAUGGAAGACAAGAAGGCCGGCGCCGGUGGCGCUGAUGCCAAGGCCAGCAACGCCGGUACCGCCCGUUACUUCUCUGAGGGUGACAGGGUCCUGGUUGCUCAGGGUGUCUCUGGCUCCGUCCUCGACCGUGGUUCCAUCACCAAGUUCCUGCCCUACCUCCAGGCUGGUGUCCAGCACUCGCUUCAAGACAUGGGUAUCACCAGCCUGACUGAGCUGCGCGAGAACGUCCAGGCGGGUAAGGUUCGCUUCGAGCUCCGCACUGCCAGUGCCCAGGCCGAGGGUAACGUCCACGGCCUGCACAGCUUCGACAAGAAGCUCUACUCCUAA